AUGAGCCAGGAUGUACGCAAUAUGACCGAGCCAGCGUUUCAGCACGCUGCGUAUGGCAUUCAACUCCAUUCUGACAAUAUGUCUUCCUCUGUGGGCCCUCUAGCGGUGAAAGCAAAGAGGAGAAGAACGAGCCCUCAGGACUGUGCCGUCCUCGAAGCUGCAUACCAAAGAAACUCCAAACCAGACAAAGCCGAAAGAGCCCUGAUAGUCAGCCGGGUUGCCCUCGGGGAGAAAGAAGUUCAGAUUUGGUUUCAGAACCGUCGCCAGAAUGACCGUCGUCGCUCCAAACCAUUGCAGCCACAUGAACUCGUUGCCCAUCUUCGCAACAGUAACGCCAGCCCUAUUCCUCCUCAGAUGAGCUCGUCUCCUGUCCCCGAAGAUCUUACUGCCUCUUUAUCGCAUCCUCUGCCCGUGGAGCCCAUCAACCGACCUAACUCGAGAAGUUCAAGCAUCCAUGAUCUUCUCAACCCAACUCCAUCAGAGGAGGAUACAAGCAUCAAGCAUAGCUCGCAGGAAACGACCGAAGGAAGUACACCGCCAUCCAGUAUUGAAAAGGACGCGCUCACGGUCGGGACACCACCUCCAGGACAAGCUCAAAAGGAAGGGCCCGAGAAUUGUGACGGACAGUCGGAAGUUAGCAGUGAGGGUGGGAGCACUAGAAAACGUGACCACGAUGAAAUGACUGGUGCAAAACCUUCUAGUCCAUAUUUAGACGGGCAGGGGAAGAUCUUCGACACUGCUCUCCCAAAGGAACCCCUUGUGAGAGUGUCCAGUUUUGUACGGCUGGCAAUGACUGUGGAUGGGGCAGUCAAGAUUCGGACGAACAAUGAGCCCACGCCAUCACCAGAAAAGCCACGUACCGCGAUGCCGACCACACAUGGCAGGCCAAAGGCAGCCUUGGUUCGCAGCAAGAGUGCUGCGAAUGGAGUGGAAGUGUUCCUCGACAAUGCUCCUCACUCAGGACCCAAGAGUAUUGGAGCUGGAUUUGGUCGGUCCCGUGACGCCAGAACUUGGGAAUUCUAUUGCGACAGCAAGACGAAGGAUGCGCUCUCGACCCAGGCGGAAGCGGAAAGUGCGGGCUCUGCUGUCAGCGCCAUCAACCUCAUUCGAUCAAACAGUUUCAAGCCACGUCUGCAGGCUCUAAGCCUGUCGUUGUCCAAGACAAAUGCUCGUCGGGCAAGUGCGAACGAAGGAAGACCGAAGCUAAGUCGCGCCCAAUCCUCACUGGGACGUUUGCAAGGUCUGGCUGCGUCCAUUGACCCGUCCAGUGGGAAAUCGAAGGCUCAGCACGGCCAUAUCAGGUCACCGUCUGGAGACUCGGACAAAGAGAACUGGGCUCCUGGGACCAGAAUAUCGGAGCAUCCAUUGCGCAGAACCCAGACCAGCACAUGUCACCGGCCGGUACUGCAGGAAAAUGAAGAGAUGACAUUUCCGGAUCUGACCUCGUCACGCAAGCGGUCGGAGGAAAGACCUAGAGUCGCUGAAUCUCCGACAAAGGAGGGAGCCAAAGGCGAAGAACUCGACUGCAUUCACGGCCUGCUUUCGCUUAGCCAGGGAGCUUGGUCGAGAUGA